UGGCCCGAAACUUCAUGGCCGCAGUGGCGGCCCGCGCCGCGGCGACGUCCGUUAGCUGCGGACACGCGUCCCUCCCUACGCGUCCCCCGGCCGGAAAUGCGGCCGCGCACCUUGGUUCCGCUGGCUCAGUACGCCCGGCCCCUGUAAGGGUUCUGCCGCUCUUGCUUCGUCCUCGGACCCGUUAAGAUUUAACAUUGUACAUACUUUUUCUCCCUGUACAAUACGUGAGCAGCACCUCCGGUCUCCUGGAGUUCGGGCUGGACCAGUGGAGGGGACUUUGUCUCGGGUCAUGGACGCACUCAGCUCUCAGAGAUCUCAGCAUGAGAAACACGAGCAAGGAGCUGCAUGGAGCAACCAGCCGUUAUGCUCCCUGUGAUUGGUAUUAUCAUCUUCCAGCAAAGCGGUCUGAGAAGGCAGUAGAGGCCCCACCAGCAUCCCAGAUCCCGGGUCUCAAUGAUUUGGGAGAAUCACACAAUGGGAAUACAUUUGCGACUCGCAGAUACUGGAUAAAAGAAACAGACUCAGAAUAUGUCAAGCUGGCAAAACAAGGCGGCAGGCCUGAUCUGCUGAAACAUUUUGGCCCUGGGACCAGGAAAGGAUCCCCGGUCACGUACUCGAUGCCAGAUUGGUAUAUCCACCACAGCAAACCACCGACAGCCGACCAGAGAGAAGUCCCUGCUGUCUUCAUGCCAGAUUACAUGGUUUAUGAAGAAUUUAGCCCCAGUCAGGCCAACGGUAUCUAUGAAUCCAGAAGAGGGCCUUUCGACUUUGACAUGAAAACCAUUUGGCAACGAGAGGCCGAGGAACUUGAAGAGAGAAAAAAGGUGAAACUGCCAGCAAUUAACUCGAGGCAGCACAGCAAAGUGGGAACCCCUGUUGGCUCUAAAGAUUCGUCAAGAAGUAGAUUGUCCUUCCCUCCCAUGCCUGGUCAAAAAAAUAGUUCACCCACAAACUUUUCCAAGCUUAUUAGCAAUGGUUAUAAGGAUGAGUGGUUACAGCAGCAGGCCAGUUCGGGAAAGAGGACUCCACAGACCCCCAGAAUGCCGGCCUCGUCUCAGUCCACGGAAGACCCUGAAGGGCACCCGGAUGCAGAGAUGCCUGAGGAUGCAGAGGUUCCAGAAGGUUCUGAGAAAGCUCCAGGUGCUGCAGCAUCUCCAUCUGCAUUAACACCAGCAGAGCUCAAAUAAACCGCAACAUUAUGUGUAUUUAGGAUAAUCUGUGGUGGCUAAAUAUGACAUGACUAUGUUACAGCUAUAUUUAUAAGGCUCUUAUUAUAUUUUAUUAAUAUAGGUUCUCAUGAAAUAAUUUUAUCAUGCAGUAGAUUUGACAUUCUUGUGGCAGCGAUCAUGCAAGUGUUGAGUUUUGUUUUCUUGCGUUUCUCUGGGACGUUCAAUACAUGGUUGAUCAAGAAAACUAAGAUCUGUGUUCCUCUAUGCCUCACUGGCUUGGAAAUGUCCCAAUACCUUGGAACCAAUCACUUCCUCCCUGAUGUAUCAUCAUCUGACAUCUCCUGGCUGUGUGAACCACUGUUUGGUGGUAUUUCUAUUGAAAUCGAAGGUUUAGACUCUUAAGUAAAGAAACAACACACGGUUUAAGCCUUUUCCAUUAUGUGCUCCUGUAAUCUUUUUAGAAAUAAUUUUUCUGUUACAAAAGACAUUCAUUCUAGAAUAUUGUGAUACAGCUUAUAUUAAGAAGAGUAAGAUUUUAAUUUAUUAUGCCUUGAAGUUUUAAAUAUUCAAAAUAAAGAUAUUAAAGCAUUUACUAUCUUUAAAAUUUUGCUAAUGCUUUUGGCUUAAACUGAAGUCUAGAAUAUUAAACAUUUAUUGUUUUGUAUUCUUUAAGCAAAGAAAAAGUUAACUUUAAUACUUAAUUUAGUAGUCUUCACAAAAAUUUAAUAACAGACUGAAUGUUCUUAUUUUGUAAGUUUCAUUACUGUUUAAGUAAUUAGCAUUAGAUAUAGUUUUAUAUUUUGUACAUUUAAUUCACUAAUAAAAUAAUUUUCUGUGAGAAUAUUUUCAGAAAGCCAAAAAAGAUUAUGGAUAUUUUAGCCUCUUUCCCAGAAUAAACCUAUCAUGCACUUGCUCACUUAAAAUUUAAAAUUUUUAAAUUUUUAUUAGCUCUUUAAAUGAGAUAUUUAACUGAGCACAUAUAUUUAUAUUGUUUGAUCAAACUGAUAUUACUAUGGGAGAAUGUAUGCAAUGUGAAAAAAUAUGAAUGGCUGCAUAUACUGAAUAAAUAGAAUACAAUAUUCCAUGAAA